AUGUUGCGAAUGAUGUUCCUUGUGGGGAGAGCAGCUCCUACAUUGGGCGUGAUUACACAGUCGAAUUUACGACUGACCAGUAAGAUGCCUCCGAAAUCGUGUGUUAGGUGGGGUGUGGCAAGAAACCGGGGAGGUCGUGGCCGUGGUCGUGGCCAUGGGGUGCCACCGGAGGAUGAGGUUAGUCAGCAUGGGGAGAACCCAGGUAGGAAUCCGGGGGCUGGGGCCGGUAGGGGUGCAGGAAUACCACCCAAUCAAACUCAAUUUGCUAGGGAUCUUGUCGCAGCACUUACAGCUGCAAAUCUGUUCAACCAAGCUCCUAGAGAAAAUGCAGACAACCGAGCCUUAUCAGCAAUGCGAGAAUUUAGCCGUAGGAAUCCACCGACGUUUGAUGGGACAAGUAGUGAUCCUCUUGUGGCCGAUCAUUGGUUAGCACAAAUCCGUAAACUUUUCAAUGCUCUUAAGAUUACCGAAGAUGAUUUAAGAGUGAAUAUCGUGGCUGUUCAACUUACCGGGGAAGCCAAUGAGUGGUGGGAAUCUGUCUUAGAAUCUAGGAAGGAUGCGAGGAGAGCGGCAAGGACCGUAGCUCAAGUAAAUGAACCGGAUGUUGAAAAUUUGACGUGGGCCGAGUUUGAGACAUUAUUUGAGGAACAAUACUUUCCAGAGACUAGUCGUGAGCAGUUGAGAGAUCAGUUUGAGAAGUUGGAGCAGGGGGGUAUGACCGUGUCGGAAUACGCUCAAAAGUUUCAGUCUUUAUCUGGAUUUGCGCCAGAGUUGGUGGCAACGGAGGAAAGGAAAUGUAGACGCUUUGAGAAGGGGCUUCAUAAUACUGUGAGGAGAAUGGUAAUGGUGCAACGUAAGACGAAAUACGCCGAGGUUGUUGAGUGUGCGAGAAGUAUUGAGAUACCAAAGGAAGCACAGAGGAAUAGGGGAGUUUGGGAACCGAGGCAACAAGUUGUGAGUGUGAGUUCAUCGUCAGGAAGCUUUGGGAGUCAAGGACGGAAGAGACAGAGGGAACCAUCUCAGCAACCAUCUAACCAACCCAACUUUAGGGUGCCUUCUUCUUCAGGGACACGGGGAGCUUUGUCUAGACCUCCGUCUGUGUGCUACAAGUGCAAUCAACCUGGACACGUUCGUGCUCAGUGUCCACAUCUCCAGAAGGCUUGUUAUGUUUGUGGGAAGAUGGAUCAUCUCGCUAGGAAUUGUCCUCAGGGGUCGAUAGUGCAAAGUGAGUCGGGUUCCGUGCAGCAGCCGGGAACGGGGUAUAAUGUUGGCCAACAGUUUAGGGGCACUCAGAGGCAGCAACAACCUCACUUCCGCCAGACUACGUCGGUUCAGAGUUCCGGGGGUGACAAGGGAGCGACUUCUUCCGCGCCUACUCAGGGUUCUGGUCAGAGGGGAGGUUUUGUACAAGGUCAGAGUACCCAAGGGCGUGUUUUCAACAUCAACUCGAAUGCUUCACCUUCUGUUUCUCAGGCUCCAGAAGCAUCCGUUGUGAGGGGGGGUAGAAUGCAUCUUGAUCGUAUUUGUCGAGAUUGCGAGUUAGUCAUUUGUGACCAUCGUUUUCGUCGAGUUCGUAUUUGUCCUCUUGAGGGUCCUUGUUUCCAAUUCUUUGGGGAGCGUCGGGAGCCGUUGGAACCGUAUCUAUGUGGGUCUCAAGAGCGCGAGUCAAUUUAUUCCUUGUUGGCGAGUUUGACGUUAGAUGAAGAUUUGUCGACACGUGGGGAGUUACCCUUAGUAGUUCGCGAAUUUCCCGAUGUUUUUCCUGAAGAGUUACCUGGUUUACCUCCUGAAAGAGAGAUUGAAUUCCUUCGCUUGUGUAUCGAUUAUCGUAAGCUAAAUCGAGUCACCAUUAAGAAUAAGUAUCCCAUGCCUAGAAUCGAUGAUUUGUUUGAUCAACUUCGGGGUGCGACCUGUUUUUCCAAAAUUGAUUUGAGGUCCGGUUACCACCAGUUGAGGGUUCGGAGAGAGGAUAUUCCUAAGACCGCAUUCCGCACUCGUUAUGGCCAUUACGAAUUUGUUGUUAUGCCUUUCGGAUUGACGAACGCUCCAGCUACAUUCAUGGACUUAAUGAAUCGUAUCUUUCGUGCAUACCUUGAUCGUUUUGUGGUUGUAUUCGUCGAUGAUAUCCUUAUCUAUUCGCCAACGGAGAAGGAACACCAAUCGCAUCUCACCAUUGUUCUUGAAAUCUUAAGGGAGCACCAAUUGUACGCCAAGCUUAGUAAGUGUGAGUUUUGGCUAUCCGAAGUCAAAUUUUUGGGUCACGUGGUUUCGAAGGGUGGCGUGUCCGUCGAUCCAGGAGAAAUAGAGUCUGUUAUGAAUUGGCAACGACCGAAGAACGUGUUCGAAAUUCGUAGUUUUUUGGGUUUGGCCGGGUACUACCACCGUUUUGUUCUUGAUUUCUCUCGUUUAGCAGCGCCAAUGACUAGAUUAACACGGAGGGUUAGGGUGCGUGUUGAUGCAAGCAGGGCGAGUAGUGGCGUAUAG